AUGGUCGACACAUCACCAAAUCUGAUCCCAUUCGCGGAGCCACCAUAUGUUCGUGGUCUUCCUUCUCCCUAUAUAACGCCCGCACACCGCCGCUUCCAACAAGCAUGUCGGAAAUUCGCGACCGAGAACCUGAUUCAACAUGCCCUUGAGUGGGAGCGCGAGGGAACUGUCCCCGAGCAUGUCUUCCACACAUUCUGCAAGCAUAAUAUGUUGUUGCCCAAUAUGCCCGCUCCCUUGCCGGUGGAUUGGCUGAAACGUCUGGGCAUUAAUGACAUCCUGGGUGUCAAGGUCGAGGAUUGGGACUAUAUUUACACGGGAAUUUAUUGCGAUGAGAUGGGUCGGUCCGGCCUUAGCGGCCCAGGGGGCUCCCUGAAUGCCGGGUUCGCAUUUGGAAUCCCGCCGAUUGUUAAAUUUGGCAGUCCCCAGCUCCAGGAGCGAUUCUUACCCGAUCUACUCACGGGUAAGAAACGUGGCUGUAUCGCUAUCACGGAACCUGAGGCCGGUAGCGAUGUCGCCAACAUCACUACGACUGCAGUCAAAAGUGCCGAUGGCCAACACUACAUCCUCAACGGAUCCAAGAAAUGGAUCACAAAUGGUAUCUGGUCAGACUAUGCUACCAUGGCGGUGCGAACAGGUGGUCCCGGAGCCGCAGGCCUCUCGGUGCUAGUGGUUCCCUUGAAGAAUCACCCGGGUGUGACCAUGCGCCGUCUCAAAGUUUCGGGUCAAAAGGCCGGAGGAACCACUUACAUUGAGCUGGACGAUGUGAAGGUUCCUGUUUCCAACAUCGUGGGUCGCGAAGGUGAUGGCAUGCGUAUAAUCAUGACCAACUUCAACCAUGAACGACUGGUCAUCGCUGUUGGAGUCACCCGCCAGGCUCGGGUGGCUCUCUCAGCUGCAUUCUCAUACUGUCUGAAGCGCGAGGCAUUUGGAAAGACUUUGAUGGAUCAACCCGUGGUUCGCCAUCGUCUGGCCAAAGCGGGUGCAGAACUGGAGUCAAUGUGGGCGUGGGUUGAGCAGAUCUUGUACCAAUUGGUUCAUCUCAGUAAAGAGGAGGGCGAUCGACAGCUGGGUGGCUUGACGGCCUUGGCUAAAGCCAAGUCGGCCAUGGUCCUCAAUGAGUGUGCCCAAACAGCAGUCUUGCUAUUUGGUGGCAACGGUUUCACACAAACUGGACAAGGUGAAUUGGUCGAAGCCAUUCUUCGCGACGUUCCGGGUGCUCGAAUCCCAGGUGGCUCGGAGGAUGUCCUUCUCGAUCUCUCAGUGCGUCAAUUGGUGAAGAUCUACAAAGCUGAAGAGAAGAAGCUCUCACAGAGCUCAAAGAUCUGA